AUGGCUCCAAAAAACUCCAAGAAGAAAUCGGCUGAGAACAGCAUGUCCUCAUCCGCUUCAAGAUCCGGGGCGCCGGCAAAGACCCCUAAGCCACGACCAGCAACCAGAACCAUUGUCCGAUGGAACGACGAGCUCGAUAGGCAGCUACUCCUCUCGAUCCAAUCCGCUUGUAACUCUGCAGGAAUACGAAUCCCCUGGGCACAGGUUGCAGAGAUAAUGGGUGAAAAGAUCACAGAAGGUGCAAUUGUGCAGCAUCUUGCGAAAUUGCGCUCCCGGAUGGAAGGCGAUGGCAUCCCUGUCCCUCCUCCACUUCGUCGCGGUGGGCCGGGAACCGGUAAGAGAACCGUUUCUAGGCAGAGUAUGGAGAUGAAAGAGAGCCCAGAUGAUGAUUCAAACAAACCACGAGCCGAGACAAGAGUUGGCGUAGCUAAGAAUAGACGAACUGAAAGGAACGAGAGUUCUGCCAACAGCAACAGUUUGAUCACCAAUCCCGGUUCCGAUGAAUGGGGUAUCAAGCGUAAUACGGCGGAUAAAAUAGCCGCUGGCCAGCAUCUCCCGACACCUAAGGGUGGCAAUGGAAGCUCCGACAGUGCCGACAAGACAACAACAGGGAAUAAAAGGAAGGCCCCAUCGAGCGGGACGGUUGUGCUCCGGGUUACGCCAUGGCGCUUGGAACGGGCCCUUAUGGGCCGCGACAGAGUGAAUGACGAUCACAUUCACGUCAAGGAGGAAGAGUGUUCAUCAGGGGAUGAAAGCCCUGCAGGUGAUGGCCAUGGAGCCGAUAGCGCUUCUCCUAGCAUCCAGGGCCACGCUGUCCCCAUGGAAAUAGAUUCGGAUCCACAAAGUCUCUUGCACAUUGGAGCACAACAUUAUCAGGACACUCCGCAGCAGAGGAGUCAGGAUCUCGGAGGCUAUAGCAGUUCGGAACACUUCAGCGCAAAUGAAUCAGGCUAUAACCAAAUCUCGAGUGGAGCAUCCAGUCAAUCUCUCCAGAUGAACGAUCAAAUGCCCCCAUUGUACAAUUUGGAAUACCUUCACCAAGCAUCUGCAAAUAUGUAUCUUGCGACUUCAGCCAGUGGAGCUUUACCAAUAGCCCAAGGCACAGAAUUGGAGACCCCGCAGGGCGGCACAAUGAACUGGUUCGACACAGCAUUCACCAACAACGCGUUUGGAUAUUUGGAUGACAACUUCGAGGUGGGAGACUAUAUCAGUCCUGAAUAUUUGCAUCAAUGA